AUGGGUUUGGAACUGGAAGAAAAUGAGAUCACUUUUGAAUACACUGAGUUGGAGAUGCCUGGUUAUCUGCUACAUCCUAUUGGCAGAUGGAUUUGUGGUUUGGAGCUCAGCAGUGACCAGAGUUAUGAUGCUUGUAGCUUAGUCAAGGCUGAGAAAAAUACAGGUUUAUUUUUGUAUUUUGUAUCUUGUGCUGCUUGUAAAUUACCAAACACAACCAGGCCAGCUAGCUCUGCAGAGGUUUGUAUUGAAGAGAUUGCUCCUGCACCCUUUGCUCCAGUGGCCAUUACACUCCAGCUGGGAGGCGUGCUACUGCUCUCAGAGAUGUCUGCAGUUAAAACUUCUCUGCCUUUAAAAGCAGUUGUUAAAAAUGCUAUUGAUGCUGACUGUGUAGUUCCAGGUGCUGGUACAGUGGAAGUGACAAUAGCAGAAGCCUUGAUUAAAUAUAAGCCCCAUGUAAAGGGCAGGUCCCAACUUGGAGUUCAAGCAUUUGCUGAUGCACUGCUCAUUAUUCCUAAAGUUCUUGCUCAGAACGCUGGUUUAGAUCUUCAGGAAAGUAAAGUUCAAGCAGAAUAUUCAGAAUCAGGUGAACUUGUGGAUGUGGACUUGAACACAGGUGAGCCAAUGGUCGCAGCGGAAGUAGGCAUGCGGGAUAGCUAUUGUGUAAAAAACCAGCUUCUUCACACCCGCACUGUGAUUGCCACCAACAUUCUCCUGGUUAAUGAGAUCAUGCAAGCUGUAAUGUCUUCUCUAAAAGAUUGA